AUGGCCACGAACAACAGACCAAACGUGACCAGAGAAGAAAUCCUUGCUCUUCUCUGCGACUGGAAAGACCCCUGGACUUUCGGCACUAGAUGCUGGAUACAAUUCAAAAGAGAUGGCAACGGACAACUGUCUUGCGAUGGAGAACAACGAUCGUACCUAGCCGUGGAGUUCAGCUGGUCAUUUAAGAAUGAACCAUCUGAGCCAAGAACAGUACAGAAAAACAUUUUCAAGGCUAACAUAGAGAUAACGCUCAGUCCUCGGAUGCAUUCGAUGUACCACAAAAGCGCAUAUUGGCUCAAGGGUGCAGCGCUUCAAGAACACCUACAAAACCCUCCACCGCCCAGCGAAGCUCCUUUCCCUUGGGCUCCAGUUCAUAGCGCGGCCUUUCGUCCUAAAGAAUACGCAAUCACACUAUCACGUGGGCGUUUCAUCGACCCAGGUGACUACUGGAGGAAAGGCCCUUAUCCCAUCCUGCAAAAAAGCUCGUUCGACCUCCUCAAACCUAGUCGAUACGCGUGUAAACUGGUAUUCGAUAAAUCGCCGUUUCCACCGCGCGAGAAGUGGACUAACGACUCCAUCUGUACCUUUCUGGAUUACUCUCCAUUCUAUGAGUGGAAAGAAUUUGUGCGAGACAGCAUUGAUGCGAGGGACCAGACGUGGGUGGAGACGCUGAAUUUGGAUUGGUGGUUCAGUCCUUCCAGUGGGGAGGGAUAUCAGAGGAACAGCUAGAGGUGAAUCAUUGGUUGGUGAGACUUUUGCAGAAUGUUUCUCCUGUUGAAU